AAAGUAAACUUACAAGACGGUGCAAAGAAGAGACUGCGCCUCGCUUUUGUGCCACGUACAGAGCUAAAAACCAGCAGGCCGCAGCCCCAGCGCUGACUAUAUAACUCACACGCAGAGCCACACGACGGGGUCAUGGCGACGGAGGUAAUGGUUUGCGUUGUGGGACCGAGCCGCGGGCAAGGUCACCUCUUCAAGAGCGGCGAGGGCGCCGGCAAGAGCUGUCUCUGCUACCGCUUCAUUCACCCAGGCUUUGACGACUUCAUAACGGAACACCCGUCCAUCAUCGCCUCUCACGAGUUCCAGAGCACCGCCGUCAACAACGUCCACUUUCUUUACUGGGGCCGCAGUCGCCAGAACCUGCCCGGCCGACUCGGGAGGGGAGAACGCACCGUAGACAUUCACGUCGUGGAGAACACCGUCCUCUACGAAGACGUCACGUCCAAGCCCUUCCGCAGUGGCGGUAGCAAGGCCGACAAUCUGGACACCUACAUGAAGCGAGCCCUCGGAAAGUUGGAAUCGCCGGGAAAGAUAUCGUACUGGACGCGUGACGGAAUCUCGCUGCCCGACACCUACAAGGCGCAGCGAUACCCCACUAACGCCGGGAAGAUGCGUCGCGGCUUCGCAGUAGUUGUAGACGUCAGCAUGGACGGAAUGGAGUUCGACGCUCAACUGCAGCGAACCAAAACCGUCUGCAAAACGCUAAAGAAAGCUGACGCCACGUAUGUGCUGGUACUCACCAAGAUGGAGAGCGUGGUGCAGGAAUCAGUAGACAAGUUCCACCAGCUGAAGAAAAAGGAAAAAAUCGGCGCAGAUGUAAUCACUACUUCCUCCAUGUGCAACUACAACAUCGCUACAACGUUUCGUAUCAUCGCCGAAAAAAUUCUCAAGACAGUGUACGUCAAUAUACCCACGUUCGAGCAGGCUGCAGAGAACGAGGCUCGCUGCAAAGACAAGCGCCCAAACGGCUCUUCAGUACUUUCACCACGAAAUGGGUCCAGACAUCCUCGG